AUUGCGGUGUGCAUCGACAAAGGCUGUGGUUGGCGUAUUUAUGCAUCCUUCCAUGCUCGUGAUGCAUCAUUCAGCAUUCGUAAGUGCAAUUUACAUCACACAUGUACUAUGAGUCUAUUGCAAUCAAGAGAUCAUCCAGCAGCCGAUGCGAACUGGAUUUCUGAGGUCUACAAAGAUAAGAUACGUUCUAUGCCAGCGUAUAAGGCAUCCGACAUCCGGGAGCAUAUCCAAACAGAUUAUGGGAUUGACGUGAAAUAUCAUAAAGCAUGGCGUGGCAAAGAGAAUGCGAUAAGGGCAAUUAAUGGUGGAGGUAGAGACAGUUUCUCACAACUUCCGUGGUACUGUCAUGCACUUCGGGAGUCAAAUCCGGGAAGUAUUAUAGACUGCGAAGUUGAGCAGGCAACCAAACGUUUCCAACGCCUUUUUGUUUGUUUAGGUGCAUGCCGGCUGGGUUUUUUGAGGGGUUGCAGGCCCCUACUCUUUCUUGAUGGGACACAUAUAAAAAACAAACACAAAGGGUGUCUGCUAAGUGCAAUUGCAGUGGAUGGGGAUGAUGGGAUGUUUACUUUAGCAUUUUCUGCUGUGUCUACGGAAAAUGAUGAAAAUUGGGAGUGGUUUUGCUGGAAGCUGCGAUCUGUUUUAGAAUGUGAGGGACGUACGGAUUGGAAACAGUACACAUUCUUCUCGGAUCGGCACUCGGGUUUACUAAAGUCAAUCUCGUGCGUCUUUCCCGGAGCACAUCAUGCGUACUGUCUCCGACACUUAGUGGACAACUUCCGUACCCAGGUUAUGCGGAGAUACCCAAUGCAUAAUAAGAAACGAUGGACCGCUGUCUUCAAUAAGGCCGCCUAUGCUCCGUUGAGGAGAGAUUUCGAAAACCACAUUAGUUCUGUGGUCGAAUCAAUGCCAUUGGCCAGGGACUUCAUUACCCAAUCACACCCAGAAUGUUGGGCAAAUUCACUAUUCAGAGGCACUCGUUGGGGAAUAAUAAAUAAUAACAUUGCUGAGUCAUGGAAUAGUUGGGUGAGAUCCGCGAGGUCAAAUGCCAUUCGUUGGGAUGUUGGAUACCAUUAGAAGGCAAGUGAUGGUAAUGAUGAAUGAACGCCGCGAAAAGUCGGAGAUAAUGCACGGAAGGCUCUGUCCAAAACAGGAGAGCAAGUUGGCACUAUCGUACAUGGCGUCUCGACGGCUACAGUGCAGUUCAUCCUCUAGAACUGUAUUCGAGGUAACAGAUUGUAAUGAAAGAUACGCAGUCGAUUUGGAGGCGCGCAAAUGCUCUUGUCGAGAAUGGCAAAUGUUCCGAUUGCCCUGCAAGCAUGCCUGCGCUUGCAUUGAAAAAUGCAGUAUGUCAAUUUAUGAUUUUUG